CAAAGAGAGCGUGGUGCGGGCAGGUCGCGUCGCCCGUCCCUCUAUACCGGUUUAUUAUUACUGGGGACUUGCUGUGAGGAAAUUUAACAAUUGUAUUCUGCAGUGAAGUGUUAGUAAAUAAUUAUACAAGUUAGAUCAUUCAUAGCUCACAAGGUGUUUGUAGGCGUAUGUGGCACUUAGUUGCACUAAUAUCGGUGUAAUCGAGAGUUGCGGUUUAGAGUGAUGUGCGGUGUGCUCGAACUUGUGGCGUAAUGUUUAUCAAAGGCGGGCCCGGAGCGGCCGAGCCGGAGCGCCGAGGCUCUGUGUCCAAUUGGUUCUCAUCUCUGCGGCGAGGGGCUGGGCGACGUAAACGCGAGGAGUCCGCUGUGCCUGCUAGUUACGGCUCAUUAGGCAGGCGCAAGGAUGGCACCGCACCGCGCGGCAAGACGAGAUCUGCUUGGGACCUUACCACCGUUGCGAGACUGCAACUUAAAGAUGAACUCGGAGAAGUGGUGGCCGAGCUGGAGGCCCUGGACGGGCAGGAGGAGUGUAAGCAGAACAGCAAAGCCAAACAGAUGAGCAUAGGCAGGAAGAAGUUUAAUAUGGAUCCCAAAAAAGGUAUCGAGUACCUUUACGAGAAUGGGCUGCUGCAAAGGACGCCAGAGGACGUGGCUCAGUUCUUGCACAAAGGGGAAGGGCUGAGUAAGACCGCCAUUGGGGAUUACCUGGGCGAAAGGUCGGAAUUCAACGAAGCUGUACUGAGGGCAUUCGUGGAACUACACGACUUCACCGACUUGAUACUAGUUCAAGCACUUAGACAAUUCCUAUGGAGCUUUAGACUGCCGGGUGAGGCGCAAAAGAUAGACCGAAUGAUGGAGUGCUUCGCGCAGCGGUAUUGCCAACUCAACCCAGACAUCUUCACCAACGCGGAUACAUGCUACGUGCUCAGCUUCGCUAUCAUCAUGUUAAACACUUCCCUACACAAUCCCAGUGUGAAGGAGAAGCCCACGCCCGAACAGUUCGUCGCUAUGAAUAGGGGGAUUAACAAUGGUGGAGACCUACCUCAGGAGUUGCUCUUGUCGUUAUACGAGUCUAUAAAGACUGAGCCGUUUAAGAUCCCUGAGGACGACGGGAACGACCUGAUGCAUACCUUCUUCAACCCGGACAAGGAGGGCUGGCUCUGGAAGCAAGGGGGGCGAUAUAAGUCGUGGAAGAGACGGUGGUUUAUACUGAAUGACAACUGCCUGUACUACUUCGAAUACACGACGGAUAAAGAGCCUAGAGGAAUUAUCCCCUUAGAAAAUAUUUCUGUGCGCGCGGCGAGCGACCGACAGCGGCCGCACUGCCUGGAGCUGUACGCGGGCGGAGGCGCGGACCUCAUCAAGGCGUGCAAGACCGACUCCGAGGGCAAGGUCGUCGAGGGGAAGCACACCGUCUACAGAAUGUCAGCAGCUACAGCGGAGGAGCGAGACGAGUGGAUCGAGUGUCUCCGUCGCUCCAUCAGCCACAACCCCUUCUACGACAUGUUGGCGCAGCGCAAAAAGAAGGCGCAGCAUAAUCUGCACUCCACACACUAAAAUACAAAUAGCACAAUUGUUAUAAGAGAAAACUGAUCUAUGACUAACUUAUGUAUUGAACAAAAUGUUCUACGAUACAUAAUGCAUGAAGGCGCAGCUCUAGUUCAACGUAAUAGUGUAGAACAAGCCUAAUUGUUAAAAGAGAAAAAAACUAUUUGAUCUGUGAUUGGACACAAUGUUCUACGAUACAUCGUGCAUGAAGGCGCAGCUCUGGUUAAACGUACUAGUGUAGAACAAGCCUAAUUAUUGCAAGAGAAAACGAAUGUUGUCUAAGACUAGAAUCUGUUUUAGAUAGACUGUUCUAUGUUACAUAGCGUAUGAAAACGCCUGAAGAGUUCAACGAACUAUUCUAGUGUUAAAUCAGCCUAAUUGUUACAAGAGAAAACGAAUGUUCCCUCUAAGACUAAUCUUUGUAUUUGACAUAAUGUUCUACAAUACAUAUGGAGCAUGGAGAAAGCUCAGCACGACCUACAUUCACUGGUCUAGAAUAGUUCUAGAACUAGCCUAUUUUUACAGGCGAACUAGGACCAUAUACACUGUCGUAGCUGUCAUAGACCCUGGACUUCGGGGGCUUCACAGCUAAAAUGAAACCAGGAAUACAAGUAUGAGUGCGAGCUGUAAUAACAAAAGAAAAUAAGUCUUUGUUAUUGAAGAUCAACAGAGAAAAUAUUUUUUUUUCUAUCUAUUAAUCGUACGAUAUUGAGAUUGUGUAAAAUAUUUUCUCAGAUACAUUAACAAAAUGUGUAUGAAAAUAGAUAGGCCGAGAGUUUGUCGUGAAGCAAACUUUAAAGUGUGCCAAUUUACCCGUAAAUGAGCUAAACGAGUUCGCGAUUAUUAUUGGUUACGAAGAUUUUAUUUUUAAUUACGGAACCCACUUGCGACAUCGAUCUCAUUAGUACAGUAGGAGAAGCGAGUCGAUAUGAGAUAUAACGGAUAAGGAUAAGGGCUGUCAUCCCGAAAAUACACACAUGACAACGCUGGUAUAAAAGAUUAUAUACCUAGGUAUAAUGUUAAGAUUAAUAGGAGCGCUAAACUAAGGCCAUGACAUGAUAUAUCGUAAUAUAAUAUCAAGAUACAACUGUAUAUGCGCUUAGCGUAUCAAAAUAAGCUUGUAAAUCAUAGUAACGAAUCAAAAACACCAAAAAUGUCUUAAUCUUAAUUAAUUUAUUACAUCGAAGGCCUCGAAAUAUACAUUUUGCCAACCAUACUGUACUGUAUGAUUACGUAAACGAAAAAUAGUUUCGAUGAAAAAUAAUAUAGACGUCCAUCUAAGUAUAAUUUAUUGAAUUGACUUAGUGAUUAGUGGUCAGACUUCAAUGAUAUGUGAUAUUUACAGCCAUAGGUAGUGACGGAGGUGGUGUAAACUCUGUUUUUUCUUACAAGUCCUCACUGUGUCUUUUUAUGAUUACACAGCAAUAUAAAAUUAAAAUACUUUUUCGGAAAUUACUUUCGUUGUUAAGAAAUGUUUAGUUUUUAUUUUAUAGAUUUAUACCUAUUGUCACGUGGGAAACCUUAAUACUUGGUAAUUUUGCCCUUGGCUCCCACGUACAAAAGAAAAUAAUAAAUAUCUCAACACUAGUGUACUGAGGAAAUAAUAAAGCUAAAUGAAUUACCUGCUGAUUCGUUGGUCCGUUACAUUAUAUUUAAUUUAUUUUCAAUAAAAUUCAACAAUAAGAAGUUGUUGUUGUGAAGGACUUGUAAGGAAAAAUCGGUGUGUAGAGGAAUCACAAUACCUUCAUACAUCAAUAGACGGGCGCCGUCGAACAUGUCCAUGUAAAUAAAAUGGUAAGACUGAAAACGUUAUAAUGUACUUUUUCAUACAUUGUUUUCUACCCGGAGCGGAGAAUUCCAUGGCGCAUACCGUUGUUGUGGCGGUUGGUUAUAAUUGCUAUUAAAAUUUGCAAACAAUAUCGAUUAUAUUCGAAUUAUUACAGGUACGUGACAGCCGUCGAUAAUAUAUUUGAAGACUUUGUUUUCCAAAAUUAAAUAGUUAUUUCAUUUCAGUUUUCAACAUGAAUUGAGAUUUUUUUAUUGACUUCUAGUAACUUGUCUCUAUUUCUCUCGACCCGUCAAAGGCUGUCUUUAAUAAUGAACACCAGUGAUAAUGCCAUUGUAAUUGUUCAAAUGUUAAAUUUAUUUAAUUCAACGUGAAUAAUGAAAUAUAUAGUUUCUUCUUUCGCAUUGUUUUUGUUAUAUAAAAUCGAGUCACAUUUUUAUUUAUUUGUAAAUCUGACAUCGUGAUAUUAGUAUUUACAAUGUUUAAAAAUAGAGUCAUAGUACUAAAUUACAUAACAACGGUAUGUGUGAAUGCGUGGUAUAGCAUAUGAUUUGUGGAUACUGCAAACUUUAAUUUGCGACGCGUUUAGUAAAAUUUUUGUCAUACAUUUCUCAAUAGCGGCCACAUGCUUGUAGCCUUGACAAUAAGUUCUUUUACUCGGAUAAGUUUUGCCUUUUUGCGGCAAAUGUUAUUUUAAUUUAGUGAAUUCGUAUUCAAUGAAAGUAUUAAUUUGGUAGUAUCAUGUAAAAAUAUAAGUGUAAAGUAAUGUAAAAAUACCAUAGAUAUUUUUAAGUCCAUUGCCAUUGCUUUUACUUUCUUAUGAGAGUGUUAUUAUGGCUUUAUUAAAUUUAAGUAAGUGUUAUUGUUGUAAGAGGCACUCCAAUAUUAGAUUGAUUUACAUUCCUUCAUCUGGUCCUAUAAUUUUAAUUUACUGUAUUUCUCUAACGCUCAAUAAAUAACUACUAUGAGGCAUAUCCAUAUGCUUGGUAUAAAUAAGCAGAUAUUGAUGAAAUUAAGUAUAAAUCGGGGUAACUUGUUCAUUUAUGCUGAGCAUGUGUCUUUAUCUAUUUCUAUCUAAUAUGUUCUGUAUAUAAGGAAUUGUCCUCCUGUUAUUUAUGAUUGUCUUUUAUAUUCUGUGUCACUGUUUAAUCUAUAUUUGUUGUCAUUUACUAUUCAGUUAAGGUAUAAUAGAACAUAUUCGUAUUAUUAUCUUGUUAUCAUACUGGAUAAUGUAUAAAUUGCUUAGUCCGCGCAGCGUAACAUUUAGUAGUCUUGUUGAAGAGACUAGUCAAAUGGUAUAGAAAUAAUUAGUAAUAUAAUAAUAGCAGAAUUAAUUUUGGACGUUCUAAUGAAAUAUAUAUUAUAUUUUGCUAUGAAAUAGCAUCAUCUCUGGAAUGCCACCUUUUUAUGUUGAGAUAGCGUUAAUUUUGAUGUUACAGAUGAACUACAACAGUUUGACCCAAGUCCUAUUUACAAGUUGACUAAAAGUACAGUUCAAUACAAUGUUAAAAUGUGACGCCAUCUGUCGCCGAACUCUGACACAUGCCGACGCGAAUGCAUGAAUUAUAUAGUUAGUAUGAGUGCUUCUAUCUACCGCAAUUAAAAACUAGCAAUGUAUACCGAAUCUUCCAAAGUUUGGCAAACUGUUCGACGACAUUGCGGAGCCGGCUUGAUGUAUCUGAUAUCAACAUAUUUAUAAUUAUUUUCUUGCGUCUUUGAAUAGAGAUGGUGACGUUAGUAGCACGAUAAAUAUAUAUACAGCACCUCGCAGUACAGUAUGUAUAGAAUUGCGCGCAAUACGUGCACACGCGCGGUCACAAUUCCAUACAAUAUUUGCUGCAUACGCAUUCAGUGUGCACGGUUCUCCGAGCAGAAAACAUUAUAUCGUGCAAGUUGAUAUAGAAAAUGUAUAUGUUCUAUUAACUUAAGUGCUUAUUGAAUACUGCUUCGGUAACCACACUGUCGCAUGUCUUCACGAAUUUGGUUUAAUCAUCAUUCGUUAAAGGUGCCUAAAACGAUCUGUAACUAGAUAUACUUUUAGUUAGUUACUUAUUGUAAUUGAAAUGCUGUACAUUCGCCUUGAAAUGUUAAUUUAUCUCAUUCGUAAUAUUUUCUAUGACAAUGGAUAUGUGCAUAAUAAUUGUGUUGUAAAUAAUUUUGUAAGAAAAUGAAUAUACAUAAAUAUCUUUAUUUA